UGCCCCGUCCACUUCGCGUUGGGUCCAGAGUCUGCACGCACACGCACCCCAGCAGCAGCAGCAGCAUCCCGGCUCCCUCUCCUGUCUCCCGUACAGCAACUCAACUCAGCAGGAUGUCCGUUCAGACGCGAAUGGUCGUGGUUGUGGCCGUGUUGAUGGUGGUCCUGGCUGUGCUGAGCCACCCAGUCAGCGCUGGCUACAGGAAGCCUCCUUUCAACGGAUCCAUCUUCGGCAAGCGCUCAGGAGACGUUGUGUACGAGCCUGGCAAGGCCCUGGCGUCCGCCUGUCAGGUGGCCGUGGAGGCGUGUGCUGCCUGGUUCCCACAAACUGAGAAGAAAUGAAGACCUUAAGGUACCUCGGCGUGUAUUGCUGACUUCACAGCCAGCAACACUUCGUAAUUCCUUUCCCCAUCUGGCGUGACCGGCGGAUCUGAACCAAGUAGUCAAGACUAACCCCGACCAACCUCUUCCUCUUCCA